AUGUCCUCUGAUCCUGAUACUGUAUUUGUCGAUCUCCAUAUUGAUAAACAUCCAUCGUUCGAUAAUUUGCAAUCUAAGACAGGCACAUUUUCAUCUGAAGGUUCAUGUUAUUGGAACAAGGUAUUAUUGAUCAUUUUAAUAGUCCUGUGUAUCAUUGGUAUUAUACUUGUUCUUCUGUUUUUCAUUAUUGGAAAAAAACUUAAGAAAAAUAAACCAUCAACAAUAACUAGCACAUCAGAUCCAAAAUAUCAGCAAGUGCCAAAUGUUUAA